AUGGCCAGAACGAAACAAACUGCUCGCAAAUCCACCGGAGGCAAGGCUCCGAGGAAGCAGCUCGCCACCAAGGCUGCGCGUAAAAGUGCACCUGCGACUGGUGGCGUGAAAAAGCCUCAUCGUUACAGGCCUGGCACCGUGGCCCUGAGAGAGAUCCGUCGUUACCAGAAAUCCACUGAGCUGCUGAUCCGCAAGCUGCCCUUCCAGCGUCUGGUUAGAGAAAUCGCUCAAGAUUUCAAGACCGAUCUGCGUUUCCAGAGCUCUGCUGUCAUGGCUCUUCAGGAGGCUAGCGAGGCUUACCUCGUCGGUCUGUUCGAGGACACUAACUUUGGCAUAGUGGUGCAAAUGUCCGGCAGAGGCAAAGGAGGGAAAGGUCUUGGAAAAGGAGGCGCAAAGCGUCACCGCAAAGUUCUUCGUGAUAACAUCCAGGGGAUCACCAAGCCUGCAAUUAGGCGUCUGGCCCGCCGUGGUGGUGUGAAGCGGAUCUCUGGUCUCAUCUACGAGGAGACCCGUGGUGUGCUGAAAGUUUUCCUGGAGAACGUGAUUCGCGAUGCCGUCACCUACACCGAGCACGCCAAGAGAAAGACUGUGACCGCCAUGGACGUCGUCUAUGCUCUGAAACGCCAGGGUCGUACACUUUACGGUUUUGGUGGUUAA